AUGAUUUCGUUUGUUCUUUCUACGGUCUGUAGUUGUUUUUUGUAUAAUUUUUGUUAUUCUUAUGUUUCUGUUGCCUUUCUUCCAUUUCAGAGAAAUAGGAAGCUUAAUGGGCAACAGAAAAGGGAAGAUCUUGAGAAAGAGGUCUCUAUGCUUCAGAAGAUGCUCGAUCGGGAAGAAAAGAUUCACCAAAUUUUAGAACAUGCAUCGAAUCGACAAGAUGGCUCUACUGCUCAGAUCCCAAGCUUCCUUCCACAUAAGGUCAAGGAGCUCUUAGCAGAAUUGGCAAUGGUUGAGAAUGAGAUAAAAAGACUUGAAACCGAAAUAAGCCAUCUUCAAAGUGGUUUGAGUCAUGAGCAGCAGGAGACCUUCAGGGAAUCAAAAUCCAUACAAUGGCAACAUGGAACCCAAAGUAUUAAUCCUCGUAGACACUCUUCCCCACUAAGGAAUCCAACUCCCAUCCCCAAACGAAUACCUGAAAGGCAAGCAUUUGAUACAAAGGCAUUACAUUUCAUAAGCAAAGCCAUAAAGGGUGACUACCCACUUGAUUACUUCUCUAACAAUGAGAACAUGAGCACUUCCAAAGUGAGAUCAGUAGAUCAGAAAGGAAAUAAUGCCAAUGAGGAGAUUGAACUUGAAGACAAGGUUUCAAGAAAAAGUGGUAUACAAAAACCAACCUCCCCCAACUUAUUGCCAAAGCAAUCAACAUCGAAGCCACUGGAACAUGAAGAAAAGGUUUCGCUAGACCUCCGGCCACCAAAAUCUCUAUCUAAUUCAGGUCCAUUAGAUCAAGAAACUGGUCAUAAAUGGCAACCAAACAAGCUAUCUGAGAGCAUCAUGAAGUGUUUGAUCUUUAUUUUUGUAAGACUAAUCAGAACAUCAAGAACAAUGGAACUAGAGAAGUCAGCGGCCGGCACAAUUUCUAAGCCUAUUAACUCAUCUUCAAGCUCAUCAAGAAGCUUCAGGGUUGAUAUUAGCUUGAACUCCAAACCCAACCUUUCAUUACAAAAGGGAUCAUCAAGGCAACAAGACCCAUAUGGGAUCUUUGAUGUUGAAGAUUCUAUUCCUAGAGACAUUGGUCCAUACAAGAAUUUUGUGAGAUUUACAUCUACUUCAUUGGACCCAAAAAACAUCUCAAGCUCCAGUUCUAUUCCUUUACUGCAAAAGCUAAGGGUUCUAAUGAACAACCUAAGUAGGCUGGACUUGAGGUUUUUGACUUAUCAACAAAAACUAGCAUUUUGGAUCAACAUGUACAAUGCUUGUAUCAUGCAUGGUUUUCUUCAAUAUGGAGUGCCAUCUAGUCCAGAAAAACUUCUUACAUUGAUGAACAAGGCUACGUUGAACAUCGGAGGCAAUCAAUUAAAUGCUCUGGCAAUAGAGCAUUUCAUCCUCAGGCAUCGAUCAAAUUCCAAUUUAAAGGAUGUCUACAGGAAGGGCGAGAUGGAUGACAAGGAGGCCAUUGUAAGGAAUAUCUAUGGACUCGAGUCUCCAGAGCCAAAUGUGACAUUUGCUCUAUGUUGUGGGACUCGUUUUUCUCCAACUGUAAGGAUAUACACAGCAGAAGGUAUAUCUGCGGAGUUGGAGAAAUCAAAGUUAGAGUAUCUACAAGCUUCAAUUGUGGUGACUAACACAAAAAAGGUCCUAAUCCCAGAGCUCUUGCUUCGAAAUAUGAUUGAUUUUGCAACCAAUUUCAACUCAUUAGUUGAGUGGAUCUGUCACCAAUUACCAGCAUCUGGGUCUCUUAGGAAAUCAAUGGUAGAAUGCCUCAGGGGACAUAGUUGCAGCAAGCAAUUAUCAAAUGUCAUUGAUAAGAUGCCAUACGAGUUUGAGUUUCAGUAUUUGUUAGCCAUAUAAGCUUUCCCCC